GUGGCAAAGUUAUUGUGAUCAAGUUGGCUGACACAGUAACAGGUUUACAAUAUUAUUUAAAAUUUUAAAAAUAUAUUUUUUAAAUAUGACUGGAGCAUUGUAUACCCGUAAACAAGUCAGCCAACAUAAUGGUCAAAUUGAAGAAAGAAUAUGGACAAUUUAUAAAAAUUCAGUUUAUGAUAUUACUGAUUUUUUAAAUGAGCAUCCUGGUGGACCAGAAUUGUUGAUGGAAUGUGCUGGAAAAGAUAUGACAUCUGACUUUGAUGAUGCUGGCCACUCAUCACACGCAAUGAGCUUACUAAAACCUUUGAAAAUUGGUGAUCUAGUUGAGGAUGAUAAAAUAGGCAAUACAAGGAAGAAUAAAAUUCAAAAAUCAAUUGGUAAUAUUCAAAAAAGUGAAAACACUAAACGAAAAAAUCGAAGACUGUUAUUUCCAUUGUUUCGCAGUUGCAGUGCUUGA